ACUGUUGAAGGUCCUAGGACGAAGGUACAACACGCGUGAAGGUAGCCAUUUUCAAGGUACUGCGUGCGUGAAAGUAGAUUAUUUUUCCCAUCAUCGGCGGGACCGAACCGAGACCACUCUGCAGCAGCUGCUUUCCGCAUCGCUUAACGUUUUUUGUGGCCAUAAAUACCGAUCAAGAGGAGACGGAGCCACGUCGGCCACCUCGGGCUAGGUACCGGCUCGAAGAAGAACCAAUCGAUGGAUUGUGCGUAGCCAGCGGAUUGGUUGUUUCACUGUUUUGUUGAUAUGAGCGAAGAAGAGGAAGUGCUGACCGAGAGUGAGGAGGAGGACGGCGAUUUUUCGGCCAGCGAAGACGAGUGGUUACCGACGAAGAAGUCCGCCAAAAAGGGUGGCAAAAAGCGCGGCACUGCAGGCAGUUCCGAUGAGGAGGAUGGGGAGGAGGACGAUGAUGACUCCGUUACCGAGGACGAGAGCGAUCUGGAGGACUUUGAAGAGAGUCCAAAGAAAAAAGGCAAACAACAGCAGAAUACUACUUCCCGCAAAAGAUCGGCCACCGGUACCGCAUCGCGCCAAUCGGGGUCCGGGGCGGGCAAAAAGAAACGUCUUUCACCCGGACUACGGGACCGGCUGUACCAGCAGUACAAAAAAGAUUUAUUGAAGGAAGUGUGCCCGGUUAAGCCACCGCUCAACAGCAGCGUGUCGGACAUUUUGCAAAAAUGUCAGUUCCAGCGAAAAUCGAUGGUGAAUGCUGUAGCGCAGGAUAAGCAGGAGGAGGACGAUUCCGGCAGCAGUAGCGGCGACGAUCAUUUGGUAGACCCGGAAAAGCUCGAUCUCGGGUCGACGUUCUUCGAUAAAAAAGAAGAAGCACCCGGAACAGCGAGCAGUAACCUGCCGGAGGUUGGAACUUCGAAACCGUCGGCCGUACCACAUUUCGACGUGAACGCCGGCAUGCGACUAUCCGACAGCUCUGACGGUGAGGAUGAUGCCGGUGCGGGCCUACUGCCAGCCUCGAUACCGAAGCAAGCCGCGGACGAGUUGAUCAGCCACAUCAACCAGCGGUCCGGUGAUUUUAUGAAUUUUAACAAUCUCGAUCAAUUUACGGCGAAGGUGGAGGAAGCAAAGCGGUUGCUGCGAAGCUACCAGCAGCGACAAGAGCCGGAGAAACGGUCGACGACGAAUAAACCCUCACAGACGCCUUCAGAGCAGCAACGGCAGGAGCAAGAGCGGAAGGACAGCAUUUCCUGCCUACUGGCCCAGGGUGAAGCAACGGACGGUGGUAGCCGGCCCGGUCAAGUUCCGGCACCGGCCGAUGCUAGCUCUGAUUCGGAUUGGGAAGAGGUGGACAAUGGUGGAGAUACCAGGGAGCAGAAAACCGAAGAGAGUUCGGCCGUGGCAGAGAACAAGGACGGUGCAUUACAGGUUACUAUUGAGCUGGACAAUGCUCAGAGCCGCAGAAAACGUAGAGAGGAACUCGAGAUGGAGCUGUACAUUAAACGACAAAUCAAUAAGGUGAAGCGAACGAAUCGAUUAAACUAUCACAAGAGUAGUGUGGUCGUUGCGGUUGCUAUAGGUCAACGGUUGAACCGUACCGUCGAUAGUGAUCGCGUACGCGGUCUGUUGCUUUCGGUCAUGCAGGAUCAAGCAUUGCCAUCGAAGGUAAAGUGGGACGAAAAAAGGAUGCAAAAUUUGUACCGUUGGUUCAAGGCGGAAUUCACACUGCAGUCGCAUGAACUGCUUGCACCCCGGACGGGAUGCACCGUAAGCUCCAUGUUGGCUCUAGCACUGUUUACACGUAAGGUGCAGUGUUGUCGCGACUACAUAUUGUUAUUUUUAGCCUGUCUACGAUCCGCCGGAGCCCAAGCUCGACUGGUUCUGUCAGCAGUUGUGCCCUCAAAGCGGCCCCCAAUGAGUGAGCUCUGCCCCAUGUCCGAGCGUCAGAUCAAAGAAAAUCUGGAAAAAAAGGAAGCUAAACUUUCACCCAAACCGAAAAUUGUACAAAUCAAAUCAAACAAACAAUUAACCUCACAUAGUAUUGUGAAGCAAGAUGAUCAUCACCACAACGUACCUGAAGCGCCAGAGAUUGCCAAACCGACGGUGGAUGAACCGUCCAUCACAGCCAGAAAGGAAAACGCUGCCGUUCCCAGACGUUCACCUCGAGGUAGUAAGAUAAUGCCCGAAAAAGACACAGUUCCAAUGAAAAGAUCAUCUCGAAAGGCGUUAACAACGCUUAACAUACCGCAGCUGGACGGUGGAGAUGAUGCCAUCCCCGGGAAGGCCGAAGUAAAGUCCCUUCGACGUUCUCAUCGCUCAAAAUCGGCGGCAAUAGCACAGGUAGCCUCGGUGGCAUCUCCCGGGACGUCUCCAUUUGCGAUGCGAAAAUCAAACACACCUAAAACUACCUCAGGUGCAAAACCAGCAAAUAGCUCCGAAGCAGCUGGCCAAUCGGCGGCUGCACGUAAACGUAAGCUAUUCCCGGCCGAUAAAGAUUCCCUUGAACCAGCUACAGCCCCGAAAGCAACACAGAGGAAAACACGAUCCAACACCGUGCAGCCAAGUCAGACGGUGUCCAAGACGACGAAGAUGAAUACGGAGGAGCCCAAGGUAAAGCGGAAAGCCGUCACAAAACGUCUAAAGUCACCAUCAGCUAAUGAUGGUGAUGCAGCAGUGAUCGACAAGGUAGAAAAGAAGCCAUCGCAACCCGAAAAAGAAAACUCUCACUGUACUGUGCUCGAUCAGAAGAUUCCUGUUGUUAUGGUGGAGAAAAUGGUUCACAACAAAUCCAUAGACCGGAAAGUCCUUUCUUCGUCGUCCGAAAGCGAUGCAGAACUCGGUGGACGAAAGCUGAACGGUUCAAUUGCAACAACAUCUCGGAAACAGGCCACAGUGAGAAAUAGAACCAACACCAAAAAGCCUAAACCCGCCUAUGAUGAAACGGAUGAUGAUAGUGAUUUUGAGAUGCCGACAGGAGCAGCAUCGAAUCGUAAACCGAAGAAGAGCCCUGGGCUAGCGACCGCCCCAACAAAGGCCAAAAAAUCGCACAAUCCACGACGAAGCAAAACGGGCGACCAUUCGAGCGCAAACAAGGACAAGAUCGAUCUUUGGAUUGAGUUUUACUGUGAAAAGGCGCAACGGUGGAUCACCUUCGAUACCUUUAGUGGCAGAGCUGACUGCAAGGAUUACAUAGUGCGAAUCGCACCGAAUCCAAUCUCGUAUGUGUUUGCCUGGGACAAUGAAGGAUAUCUGAAGGAUGUGACAGCACGAUAUGUACAAAACUGGAACACUGCCUGCCGUAUGCUUCGCGCAGAGCAACCCUGGCUCGAUCGGACUUUGGCACCCUUUAUAGGUCCGAAAACGGAACGUGACGUUGCGGAAGACAAUGAGCUGAACAAGUUGGAUGCAGAUAAACCACUGCCGAAGACAAUAGGCGAACUGAAGAAUCAUCCGCUCUACGCUCUGCGACGCCAUCUGCUCAAAUUCGAAGCUCUGUACCCGCAGGAACCGCAGCCGCUUGGCUUUAUCCGCUCGGAAGCAAUAUAUCCGCGGGAAUGCGUGCACACACUGCAAACCCGCGAAAAGUGGUACAAGCAGGGGCGCGUCGUGAGAGCCUUCGAAACGGCCUACAAAGUGGUCAAAUGCUGGAAGUACGAUAGACCGAACAACAACUGGCUCAAGGAUCAACCGUGUGACCUAUUCGGCCACUGGCAAACGGACGAGUACGAUCCACCGACGGCCGAGAAUGGUGUUGUACCCCGAAACGAAUACGGUAACGUGGAGCUUUUCACGGAAAAAAUGCUACCUAAGGGAACGGUUCAUCUGAAGUUACCGGGAUUGAACAAAGUUUGCAAGCGGCUACAGAUCGACUGCGCUCCGGCUUUGACGGGUUUCGAUAUGGCCAAGAUGCGCGUUGUACCUGUGUACGAUGGGUUCGUCGUUUGCGAGGAGUUUGCUGAGAAAGCGGUCGAAGAGUGGUACAAGGACAUGGAAGAAGAGGAACGUCGCGAGCAAGAGAAGCUGGAGAAACGGGUUUACGGUAACUGGAAGCGGCUGAUCAAGGGGCUUCUGGUACGCCGGAAGCUACAGAACAAGUACAAUUUCGACAACCUAGCAUAGAGAAGGAUCGCGGCUGAUAGCAAGUAGUUGAUUGAGCGGAUAUAUUUUGUAAGCGCCGUUUAAUGCGCAGAGCUCGAUUUGUUUUAAAUAUUUUAGUAUUUGAUUGUAUUAACAUUUGGUGUAUAUUUCGAUUAUUUAGUAUGUGUAUUGGA